AUGGCUGCAAAAAGGGUCCUCAUCUUGCUUGUGCUAAGCUUCUUCCAGCUCCUGCCGAUGGUCGGCGAUGAGCUGGAUGGCGGCAAGCACGAGCGCGUACCGCAGCAUGUGGAGCAGCUGAGCCUAGAGAUGACUCGGCUGCUGCAUGAGCAUGUGCAGAGCAGCUUGGCCUGGGGAGGCCUGGUCUUUGCUGCCUUGCAGCGGUGGCAGUUCUGGGCGAUUUCUGGCGUGCUAGACCUGUUCUUCACACUCUGCUGGUGGCUCAGGAAAAGAAGCCGACAGCCAGACUGCACUGAUGAAGGGGAGAGCUCCAGCAGCAGCACAGAGCUGGAGGAGGAGGAGGGUGGAGGAGAUUCUGAUGACAAGGGGCAUCCUCUGAUGACAAGGAUUUUUGCAAAGCGCAUCUGGCGGUCAGGGAAGAGCAUGGCCUACAGGAGACAAGUGGUGGAAGAGCUGGUGGGCGACCUCCUUGCUGUCUUCCAAGAACGCUUGUCAAACAGGUUCUUCCCGGUGCUGCAGCCAGCGAUUGGGGUGGGCAGCACCUUUGAAGGUUGGAGUCCCUGUGGUGAUGAUGCUGUCUACCCCCUGCUUGUGCCCCUGAAGCCCCCCCGUGGCCAUGCCUUCCACUUGGAGCUGGGCACCGCGGGGCAGACACCGGCAAAGAACUGCAUCCGUGUGGAGCAGGAGUGCACCUGCACGAGGGACCAACAUGUGGAGAACAUGCUGUGCUUCCUCCACCACCCUGAGGAAGUGCUGUGGAGAAAUCAGGAUUCCAGCCUCCUAGGCACUGUCUGCACCGACUCCUACCUAGAUGCACAGAAAAUUGCCUGCUGGUUUCAGAACUUGGUGAUCUCAGCCUGGGGGGAGAUGACUCAGUCGCAUCACUACAGGAUGAAGGUGCUGCCUUCCAGCCGCUCCUGCAAGCUGCAGCUGACGAGUGCCUCUGGGAGAUCCCUCUUGGUUGAGAUAGUGUUUGGGGUGCAGCAAGGCGACUCGGACAUCUUCCUGAGCAGCCAGGCUACAGAGACCAUCUUCGCCCCAAGCACAACUUGGUCAGAGACCUACGCUGUGGCAGAGGUGAAGUUCUUCAGGCGUAUGGCCAGGCAGGCCCCGCAUGGCACCAUCUACCUCAACUGUCUGCAGCUCUGUGCCGGUAUCCUUGUGAGCGCAGGCUUUUCCUCCUACACUUGGAAGACGGUUGUCAUGCACCUCCUCAACACCAUACCCCUGUCAAGCUGGAGCAGGUGGGACUUCAUGAUGCGGAUGCAGGAUAUUAUGUGGUACCUGCAUGGCUGCUUGGAGGAGAAACGCCUGGACCACUUCUUCUUCGGGAAUGAGAACAUGCCUGAGGACAUCAUCUUGCCCGCAGCCUUCCAAGCGGCUGAGCCGGUCAACCUCUUCCAGUGCCUGGUGCAUGAUCCAGCUGCCCACGCCAAGGCACUGCGUGAGUUUGAGGAACUGCAGGAUCGGUUCACAAGACUGCUGGUCUUUGGAGUCUGA